UUAUCCUUAAGCAGCUUAAACCUCUCUCUCUCUCUCUCUCUCUCUCUCUCUCUCCCCUGCGAGUGAAAAUGGCAUCAGUGAAGCCAUUGUCCGUGACAACUUCGCUCUGGAAGUCUCUUCCAUCCCUCUUCUUUUCCAUCGGAAAGACUCCUUCACUGAAACUCCCAUGCGCUCCAAACCAACCCAUCAGACUCCUCCUCUCUUGCUCCCACUCCAUCCUCGGCCUCCGUUAUGCAGCCGAGACAUCAGAGUGGGCACUCCAAGUACAGGAAGAAGAGGCCGAGAAUGAGGUCCGAGUCCGAGCUUCAGAUAGGGAGUUAGGUGAUAUAGAAGAAGCGACUCUUGAGUUCGAGGAUGAGGGAGACGGCACUGAUGGCGGGGUGUUUGAGGAGAGGGAGGAGGAGCUUUAUGUCGAGACGUCCGACACGGAAAAGUGUAAAAUCUUUGUCGGGAAUCUUCCAUUUGAUGUUGACAGUGAGAAGUUGGCUAUGCUUUUUGAGAAGGCUGGAACUGUAGAGCUUGCUGAGGUGAUUUAUAAUAGAGAUAAUUACCAGAGUCGUGGAUUUGGGUUCGUGACUAUGAACUCGGUCGAGGAGGCAGAGGGAGCUAUGGGGAUGUUCCACCAAUACGACCUGAAAGGGAGAGUUCUUACCGUGAACAAAGCUUCUCCAGAGGGCUCGAGGCCAGAGGGCGUAGCUCGAGUUUUUGAUCACGUGCCUGAAAUCUAUGUCGGGAACCUGCCGUGGGAGGUGGACAGUGCCCGUCUCCAGCAGGUUUUCAGUGCACAUGGGAAGGUUGUCAAUGCUCGGGUGGUCUCUGAUAGGGAGACAGGCCGUUCCCGUGGUUUUGGCUUUGUCACGAUGACCUCAGAGGCUGAAGCUAACAAUGCCAUUGCUGCUCUUGAUGGACAGAGUUUGGAUGGGAGGGCAAUCCGGGUCAAUAUCGCCGAGGAAAGACCAAAGAACAGCUUUUUUUAACUGCGAACAAAGCCAUUCAGCGCUAUGGAGUUCACUGUAGAUUAUGUACUUUUUUGUGGAGAGGCUUCUGUACGCAAAAUGCUUCUGUGAAUAAGUUCCAGCUGAGUUUUCAUUCGAAGCAUUUAUUUAUAUACCAAAAUGCAGUAUUAACAAUACAAAUGAUUAGCUGGAAA